AUGGCGUCCGGUGUGCAGGCCGAAGACGAAAAAGCCCAUGUGAAAAGAUACAUCGCACGCGUCGUCGACUCCUCCCCCUCAGAAAACGUCACCGCGGCUGACAUCGCGUCGCGCAACCUUCAACGACUCCCCUCACCCGACCGUCGCCAGGUCCUCGAUGGCCUCGUGAAAGAGGCUCCGAAGCUCAAAGGCAUACAAAACGAAGUACGAGAACAUCAAGCCCAUCUUCACCGCGCAACGCGACGCGACGCGCAAUUGACCUACCUCGACAAGGCUUGGGAUGGUCGCCAGAACUGGGCGAAUCCGACCUAUAUGCCACGCAUCACGGAAAAGGUCUCAAUUAGUACAACAGCGCCUCUUACAACAAUUACCAAGCUGGCAGUUAAACAUCAGAUUGCGUUACCUGGUCUUUGGCAGCCCGGCGGCGAAUUGCACGAUGCGGCGUUCGCGUACGGUGAGCACAUACUCACCAAGGAUAAGGCUGCUGCGGCUUUGCGUGCCUUCAAGUUGCGGAUAGAAAAAUUAGACGGUCCUGACCUGGGCCCUUGCAACAAUGAGACCGAAUUGUCAGCGCCGGAGUCGGAGUCAGAGGAGGAUCGUGCUGCCAAACGCCUGAAGCACACCAUCGAACGCUCUCCAUCUGUCGAGAUUGGCCGCCGCGCUCGCAUACCAUCCUUCGACCAUCGCGAUAAAUUGUUUUCGCCUGAGCAAAAAGUCCCUCAAGAUGCUGAUGAUGAUGAUGAAUACUACGUGGCUCUUCCUGAUGACGCCUCUUCUCCCCACCCGCGCCUCUCAAUCUCGCCAAUCCGCCGCGAUCCAUCCUGUGCUUCAUCCAUUAUUGAUGAUAAUGUCGCUGCAGCUGCCCCUGUCGACGAAGCAGAACCCAGCCAAACGACUUCACAACGUGCCCAGCAGCAACUCCAAGACCCCACUGCACAGCUGACAGACGACGUGCUGAACCUACUGCUGCAGCACAUCACUCGUACCUGCAGAACCCCAGGUGCAAAGGUCCUUGACCCUUUGUACAUCCAAGUUGACAACGAAAAGUCCCACCAACCUCCCGCCGGUUUCACCAGAGUCUGCGAGUCGAAUAAGGUCAUCUACAUCCCCCUUCACCAUCAAAACCAAGAUGGACAUUGGAGCCUUGCCGUAUUGCGCCCGGAGCAAGCUUGCAUCGAGCACUAUGACAGUCUCCAUAGCCGACAACGCGAAAGUCGGAUCCAGGGCUGUUUUGAGAGCAUGCUUGACGUUCAUUCUGUCCAGCUUUCUCGCAUGUCUUGUCCUCAACAAGAGGAUUCUGUCAAUUGCGGUGUGUUUGUCGUCUGCUUCCUCGGCUUUCUACUCAACAAGCUUCGCUUUCCGACAUCGCUGGACCCAGCACCUACGAGACAAAAGCUCCUAAACAUGGUUGUCGAUCCACAACAUGAGCCAAGUACUUCUACUGGGAAUGUGACUUUCCGGAAAGGACAACGUCAGCCAGCUGCUUCUACUGCGCAAAAGUUCAUGGAUCUCGGGGUUCAGGUUCUAGAAACAGGUUCCGGACCAAGCGAUGUUCUCGGUGCCAGUGAACAUACUCCACCACGAACCCUCCAGUCGAUUCCUCAAGUCCGAGAACGCAUCGCCCGGCUUGAGAUUGACAUUGACACCCUGUCGGCUCGUCUUGACCCCCUCAUCCAGAGGAACGCCAUCUUCAAUACGGUCCCGAGAGCUCUCGCAGCCAUGGAAGAAGCAUUGAACAAGACGCCGCAAUUCGGCACCCCUGGCUCUUUCUGGAAGUCUGAAGAGGAAGCUGGCCGUGCAAGCAACCUACUUGCCGCAUAUCGUGCAGUGGAGACCUUGGCUGGCUGUGAUCCACAAGGCGAUGCUGAUGAGAUUGCAACUCUACAAGCACAGCUUGAUACUGCGAGAGCGGAGCUGCGUGAGGCCCGACUGAUCUUCAAGGAGUUGGCGAAUGCUAGUCUGGCUGCUUCUUUGUCGUUGGUGCAGGAGUCGAGGAGGGGUGAGUAG